CUUUUCAAUAGUGUGGCGGAAUCUAAGCAAGUCAGCUGAUUGCGGAGCUGACCUUUUCCCCUUUCAGUGCUUACAGGACAUGAACGCGACGUAAAGUCAUUAAUAGCUGUCGGUGGUACCAACAUCACUAACUGAUUUCUAAUAUGGGUAAAAAUAUUAUCAUUUUUACAUCGUUAACGGCGCUGCUUGUUUUCUCCAUGUAUAUAUCACGACCUAUUGGAAUAGCGGAGCCGGUCAAAUUGACAGCGGUCAAUGCUCUUUUCAAGAUUGCAAGGUUUACGGCUAGAUGGCUUGAAGAAUUUGAAAUCAUGAAGAAUUACGAGGCUCAACGAGAGUCGUUAGCGAUGGUGACUAGAUUUGCCAAUGACUACUUAUCACGUGAAUUUACAAACGUAACGGUCACAGAUGCUGAGUUCAAUGGCAUCAAUGUGCGAAUGUAUGAACCGAAGAUACGUGAACACGACUUGCUUCCGGCACUUAUAUUUAUACAUGGUGGAGGAUGGACUACUCUCAGCGCAGAAGCGUACGAUGAUGUUGCAAAGGAUAUAACAGAUAUGAUAGGCCAGGUUGUUCUCGUGUCAAUUGAUUACAGCCUCGCCCCAGAAAACUUCUUUCCUGGUCCCGCGAAUGAAUGUUAUACUGCAACAAAAUGGCUACUUAAACAUGCAGACAAUUAUAAGAUUGACGCUAAAAGGAUCGGCAUCUCUGGGGACAGCGCCGGUGGUAAUUUGGCGGCUUCUGUUGUUUUGCGAUUGAAGUCGGAAAGGAUAACACCAACAUUAAAAUUCCAAAUAUUGAUUUAUCCAGCACUGCAACCAAUUGACAUGAAUUUACCAUCCUAUCAGCAAAAUAACUAUGCUUUUGAUGGACUACUAUCAGCGUCGGUUAUGACAUACCAUUGGCUGCUCUAUGCAAUUGGAGAAGCGCCUGCUAAUCUUACAGACGCCAUUUUGUACAAGCAAAUGCUUUCAAAAGUUCGACGUUCCAGUCACUCUCGUCUUACAAAAUAUAUCCACCACUCGCUUCUCCCAGAACACUGUAAAACCCGUGGAUUUGACCCAGACAUUGAAGUUAAAAGAGCUGUCAAAGAAAUUCCUGAUUAUAUUUUAAGGAUUUUACUUCAUCCAUAUUUCGCGCCACUUUUAGCAGACGACCUCAGUGGGUUGCCUCAGGCUUACAUUUUGACGGGCGAAUUUGAUGUACUGAGGGAUGAUGGGAUACUCUACGCGGAGAGAUUGAAAGAAGCCAUGGUAAAAGUGACCCUUAACAAUAUUGCUGAUGGUUUUCACGGCAUGUUGAGCAUGGCCUAUGAAACAAGUGGAUUUGAAGUUGGAAGACGCGCUAAGAGAGACAUUGCAACUUUCGCCAAAAUGAAAUUUUAUCCCAGUGGAAAUAAAUAG